AUGGCCGAUCCAAUGGAAUUUUCCUCGAAUCUUGCUUGGUUCAGAGCCAGCCAGCAAACCUUUGUUGAUAAUAAUAGUCUCCUCAUAUACCGGACUUGGUCGAUGGGGCAAGCGCAUGUGGUGGUGACGGGUGGCACUACCGUCCGAGUUGUUGCACUUUGGUGCAUAGAUGUUGUACUGGUCGAUAUUCCCGAAUUCUUGAUCCAUGGCAUAGUAGUAGAUGGUUUCGCACUCGUUCGACUCUUUCUGACUCUGAAAUUCACACGUGCUCAUCAGUUGCUUAUGCGUCUUGUCGGAAAUCAUGGCGUGGCUCCACCAGAAGUCGACCGUGCCUAG